AUAAAGUCAGGGGGAAAGGGGGAAUACGAAUCAAAGCCGCAUAAUAAUAUGAGAGGAGGGAGACAAGAGUCUUAAGUCUUAAUGGAGCAUCAUCAGCACUGAAGUCCAGCCCUGGCAGACGCGAGCAGUUUCCUCCGGCUCGCAGCGUCCAAUUACAGCGGAGCAGCUCAGCCUGUGUGGACUCCUCAGCGCUGCCCAGCCAGGAGCGAGCAGGGCAGAGGGAGGGAAACAAUGUUCCGACGCUUUCCCCUGCUGUGAUUUCAAGUGGAAUUCCUCUUUUUGUUUUUAAAUUAUUGUUAUUAUUGUUAAAAAUUCUUAUUAUAGUUUUUCUUUCAAGUCGCCCGACCGCUGCUGCCGAGACCAAGUCCGUGCACGCAAAGAAAAGGGUUCUGCCUCUGAAGACCUACUGUAAAGCCGUCAUGGGCCUCUUGUGGUUCUCCAGACUAAUCCUGAUCAUCCUAGUCCUCAUCCCGCAGCCGUCCCUGGGCUGUCCCUCCGGCUGUCGCUGCUACAGCCUCACAGUGGAAUGCGGAUCUCUCGGGGUCAAAGAAAUCCCACAGGGCAUCCCGUCUGUCACCGAGACCAUUUUCCUCCAGGACAACGCAAUAGUGCAGAUCCGUCUUCAGGACCUGACUCGCCUUGGCAGCCUCCAUUAUCUAUACCUGCAGAACAACAGCAUCUCAGCCCUGGAGCCCGGGGCUUUUCUCGGGCAGGGGCAGCUGCUGGAGCUGGCCCUUAAUGGUAACCUCAUCCACCUGGUUACCUCUGAUAUGUUUCGGGGUCUGGAGCACCUAAGGAUCCUGUAUCUCGCCGGCAACCAGAUCACUCGAGUCCAGGACCACACCUUCAGAGGACUACAGCGUCUGCAGGAACUCCACUUGCAAGAAAACAGCAUUGAGCUGCUAGCUGAGCAAGCCUUGUCUGGAUUGUCGUCUCUGGCCUUGCUGGACCUCAGCAGGAAUCACCUCCGCACCCUGGGAGCUUCAUCACUCAAACCGCUUGUCAGUCUGCAGGUGCUCCGUGUUACAGAGAACCCAUGGCGCUGUGAUUGCGCUCUUGGCUGGCUGAAAACCUGGAUAAGCGAAGACGGACAGCGUCUCUUGAGUUCUGCAGAGCAGCGUCGGCUAAUGUGCUCUGAACCUCCUCGCCUCUCCCACCUCAGCCUGGUGGAGGUACCUCCAAACAGUCUGGUCUGCAUCCCUCCAGUAGUGCAGCUCGAGCCAAGCCACCUGACCGUUCGCCUAGGAGAGAGUCUUCGAGUCUCCUGCCAGGCCUCGGGAUACCCUCAGCCUCAAGUGACUUGGAAAAAAGCCUCCCAUGGUAAACCACAGUUGUCACCUCGAGGCCUGGUUCAAGAGCUGGGACCCAAUGGGGAGCUGUUUAGGCCUGGGGCCGGUGGAGCGGUGACAGCCUUACCAAGCAGUGGGGGGAUCAAGGUGGGAGGUGUUGGAGCAAUCCACGGGCCUGUACGUGGAACUGAGGAAGGUGGCGAGAGGGACAGCUUUGAUCCAGACAUGGGCAGCGGCAUGCUGUUUCUCAGCAAUGUCACCGUAGCACAUGCUGGGCGCUACGAAUGCGAGGCCUGGAACCCUGGUGGUGUGGCUAGGGUUACUUUCCACCUAGCAGUCAACAUGUCUUCUUCCUCCUAUUCAUCUCAGUUUUGGCCUCGUUUGAACACUCACUCCUAUGUUUCAUCUUCGUCCAACUCCUUUUACCAGCCUGAGGUUGUGGAUGUUAGCCAGGAGCCUCUGUAUGAGCAAGACAGCAUGGACUUUAAUGCCCUGGGCCCUGCCACACAGACUGCUAUUGCUGUUGGCAUCUCCUUGCUGGCACUCACUGCUGUUCUCCUCUUGAUUAUGAUCUACACUCGUCACCAGCAGUAUCAGAAAGAUGACACUGGCUCCUAUUGCACGAGCAAGGAAGAGAGCAUCCUCUAUGUGAACGACUACUCUGAUGGACCCACCACCUUUGCGCAGCUGGAGGAGUACCGCGAUGACCAUGGCCACGAGAUGUACGUACUCAACCGAGCCAAGCCGGUCCUGGGUUCCACUUCGUCUGCAUGUCCCAUGAUGAGCGGGUUUGUCCAACAGAAGGGCAUGAAGGAGGCUCUCCUCAAUCACGAAAUGGUUCAGACUCUGACACGAUCGGGGGGAUUGGGACUACGCAGAAACCCAGCGGAUGGGGGAGAGGGGCCCCUAACAACAGACCCAGAAGAGCUCUUCCUCAGUCAGAGUCUCCUGUUCGGAUCACAGGUUGCCUAUGAGAUCCAUUGUUAAGGAGUCAUUAUUAUGCUCUGGCAUGAAACAAUAUGUUGAUGGACUUUUAAUUAAAGACAAUAAUGGAAAUCACCUUGGUGCAGUGAUUUGAAGCAUCAGAUUAUUAUCUGGCCUUUUAAAGAGGGGAGAUUGUCAGUCAGUAAUUUCUGGGGGAGCCUGGUUCACAAGUGGCCUCUGAGAGAGCUUCUUGAUUGACUGUAUGACACUCGUGAUGGGUUAAGAAGACUGACGAUUGAAGGGGAAAUAACACAUGAACCACAGCUUUCUGUCUCAAAAUCAACCCUUUAAGGAUAACUCUAGGUGGGUAACCUCGUCAGAAAAGUUUAGUUACACUAAAAAGAGGCUGAAACGAUGCAGCACACAGUGUCUGCUUUAUUCUAAUUUCGUUCGUUACGCUUUACUUUUCGUGUUUCGUCUAUGUUUUGUGUAGUAUAUUACAAAGUUAAUUCUCAGAGUGAAGUACAGUUGUUUUGUGAAUCCUGCUACACAUCCCAUUAGAAUUAGGCCUAAAGCAAUCCUCUUACUGAAACUACAUUAACAUUACCCAUAUGUGCGAGUGGGUGUGGGUAGGUGGAUUUGUUUAUAGAGGUUCAUUCUGAAUGCAGAAAUCUAGUCUUUUUUAUGUUUGUAUCAUAGCAUUGUUUUUCUUGAUGUUAACAUGUUGUGUUGUUUUAUACCUGCUGACUGCAACACUAGAACAAGAUAUUAGCAUUUCUAAUGUGUGAAGUCGACUCUCUGAAAGAACUCAAGCUUCAUUAACGUCAGUCUGUGAUUACCAUUAUGAUGUUAAUAAUGUACAUUUUGUCUUUGGUUUCUACAUAAUAAAAUGUAUUUUAAAA